UUCCCGCCUGGAGACCGUUAAACAGAAUUCAAAAAUAAACUGCCAGCCCCGACCAGCCGAUCGCGGAAACAUUGACCGCCAGGGGACCGGAAGGAGCAGCAAAUGAUCGAUCGGGAUGUUGACAAUUCCCUGGCGUCCCUCCCUCGCUGAAACAGUUGAACAUGUUCUUUCAGGAGUUUCUGUCCAUGUUACACACCUGCUCAACCCACUGUAUCCAGGUUAGCACACACGUGCUACUGUAAUGUAAAAAAGGAGGAGAUGCAUUGGAUGGCUUACACACUUUUACUUAAGUGAGGUAGUGGAUAGUAAACAUCAUCUAUAAGACUACCCUAGCAAGAGAUUACAGCUGCCAGGAACAGGGAGAAUAAUGGGGGAAACAGUUUAAAUGGUACUGUUCAAGUUUCUACACCACCUAUGGUGGAAGCAGAGAUCGGAAAACCCAUCAGCAUACCAUGCAUUCCCGAGAUAUCCACCCCAAGCACUAUGAAAUACAUCCAGUGGUUUGUUAUGGAGAAGAACUCUCGGAAAAGAAUCUAUUUCCAGGACGGAGAAAGGAGAAUUAUCGACAACAAAACUGAGUACACUAGUCGGAUCAAGGUAGUUGGGAACUACACUCUGACCAUUGACCAUGUUCAGCUCGGAGAUGAGCGGACAUUUUUGUGCCAAGUUGGUGCUGGUCCAGCAGGCAGUGGUGAAGCCACAACGGAGCUGAAGGUUUAUGAUGCUCCAGAAGUGCCUGAGAUAACUCCAAGUGAUGCAAUCAUAUCAGUAAUGGAGACAACGCCAGCAAAAGUUGCCACUUGUCACACAAAGAAUGGUUAUCCUGCUCCCAACAUCACAUGGUACAAGGACCGUACCCCACUGCAAGCUACCACCAAGAUAAACAGCAAGAUGUACAUGAUUUCUCAGGCCACACAGGAACCCAGUGGCCUUUAUACUAUUGUCAGCGCACUUUAUUAUGUUCCUGAGAAAAAGGACAAAGAUUCUAAGUUUUACUGUGAGGUGAGCUACAGGAUGCCACCUGGAGUGGACAAAAUGAAGGAGUCUGUUAGAAUCAGCAUCCCAAUAAGCUAUCCGACAGAGAAUGUGGAAUUUGUGUUCCAGCCAAGUGUUUUGAAGGAGACGGACAAUAUGACAAUGGAGUGCAAAUCUGAUGGAUCGUCAGAUGUUGAGUACACCUUUUACAGAGUGCUGGAUGGAAAGGAUGAGGAGAUCCUUGACAGCACUGGCAACACUUUGGAGUUUAAUGGAGUGCAACGAAUGGACAGUGGUGUUUAUGGCUGUAAAGUACUGGACUUUGAUGUAUUACACAAGGAUUUUAACACAAACAAGACAAUAACAAUCAAUUAUCUGGAUCCUAUUGCAUUGAAACCAAAAGGACCAUAUAUUUUUAUGGAGGGUGACAAAAAUAAAACUAUAUAUUGUAGUGCGAAGGGGUCACAACAGACAUCUGUGAUUUGGAAAAAACACAAGAAGACAGUCAGCCCUGAAAACAUGCUUCAACUAUCAGUAGCUACAUUUGAUGAUUCUGGAAACUACACCUGCGAAGUUACAAUCCAGAAUGUUCCAAGCCUGACACGACAAAAAUCCAUCAGCAUUAUUGUCAAAGGGAAGUCUCACAAUAGGAGCAGUGGCGGAAUGUUGAUAGUCAUCAUUAUUGUGUGCAUCAUUCUUCUUGCCUUCUUGGGUGCUGUCCUCUACUUUCUUUACAAAAAAGGCAAGAUACCUUGUGGCCGCUCAGGAAAACAAGACAUCACACGGACAGAUGCUCAUGACGACAUUGUGGUGGAAGUUAAGAAUGACCAGAAGGUUCCGGAAGAGACAGUGCUUCUGCAAGGAGUCAAUGGAGAGAAGAAACCGCCCAGUGACCAGGGAGAGAAAGGGAUAUACAGACCUGCGGAAUGAAGACAAGUAACCACAGCGCUCCCAGCCUGACCUGACUACAUGGAUAUGACAGUAACAUGAAAUGUUUUUGCCUUUACAAAUGCUGCACUUGCUCCUACACUGCAGCAGUUCCAACCAAUGCUGGAACCUUCCCUUCACUGGAAACCGCUGAACACUUUACUGAAAUGAACACACAGCUGUUUGCUUUCCCUAAUAUUUACAGUCAAACUGGGUCCUGAUGUUUUCUUUUUGUUUAAUCUUUGUAAUUGUAGGUCACCCCUCAGCUGUAGAUUUCUGCUUAAGUUAUUGCGUUGUCACAUCAGCAGUUAAACAGUGCAAAAUGCUUGUCCAGGCUACAUCUCCUUGCGAUAGUUGGAAAGAAAAUUCAAAUCACCUAUCCAUACAAUUCAUAUGAAUCCCUUUUGGUCACACCAAUUAAAAAUGAGCCUUUCUCAUGAAGAAUGCAAUAGAAAUAUCCAGAUUAGAAAGCGUUGUUCAAAGAGGAAAUUCUCAGUACCAUCCUAGUACCAUCUAACCAACUGCUGAGAGGCAUUUUCAUUUUCCUACCAACUCAUCAUGUCUUGGGAUGGAAUAUCACAUUUUAUCAAUCAUGUGAUUAAUGUUGGAAAAGGUGAUGUCACAUGUGUCUGUGUAAUUCCAAUGCACAUUUUAAAAUUGAUAUUCCCGCCUCUCACCAGGAGAAUUACUUGUGAUAAUAGGAGUACUUUUGUGGGUUUUAGCUGAGGUUUGUACUCAGUACCUGCCUAACACAUUGCAGUUGGGCUGGACAAACUGCAGUCGGUGACACAGAGCGAUAGGGACAAGAUUUAUGGCUAGGAAGAGUUUUUAAAUCCCACAAUGCUUUGUAAUAGAAACAUCAACAUUCAUUAGUUAGAUAAGGAAUCCUUGACUAAAUUUACAGGAUCCAGAAAUUUUCUGUUUGGAGGGAUUUUCUAUUAGGAAUGCUGACCACACAUUGAUUGUGGUGUUUACUCUCUGCUGAGUCCAAACGAAAUGCACUGUACUAUAAGUACUUUUACUACACUUCAGCAUCCUCCAAACCGAGAUUCUAGAAGUAACAAUUUGAUGGGGCACAGAAUUUAAAUCAUCACCAAACCUUCGCUUGAUCAUAAACACAGGUGUCAUCACCUCCGCGGGGCCUCUGAUUCUAUGAAUGUCAAGGCCUGUGUAUGUGAGUGACUGGGUAUGUGUUUCUGUGAAGGUCGAGGCCUGUGUUUCUGUAUGGCAGGGCUUAUAUUCCACUGAUCUGUUUGGAGAUGCUGCAUGUACUCUUUAAUUAUCAGUUAUUCUUUAAUUAUUUUGUGUAACAAUUUACCUGUUAAAGUAUAAACAAUAAACAUUACAAUAGGUUGAA